UACAUCCAUCCCGCAUUCUCUCAACCCCAAACUUUAUCCACUCCACUCCACUCCCGGCCCAAACGAAUAACAAUUUGAAUUUAACAUGAGUGAUCAAGAAGUUGAUGAUAUAUUUGGAGAAUACGAAAAAACCUCAUACAGUGCCGAAGAAAAUGAUUCAAACUCAAAGAAUGGGGAAGUAGAUGCUGAUAAAGGAAAACGGGACAAAAAGUCAGAAACAACCAAAACACGUAAAUUAGUAAGGAGUCAGCAGUUAAAGCUUGAUCCAAACAGAGUAUGUGGUCCAAGAGGAAUCACAGCUGUCAUACAGAAUUUUAAAAAUGUAAAAUUGCAAGGGAAAGGUCAUGAGAAAUCAGAUCUUGAAACGGUUCUCUCUCAAAUGGAACACUGGGCUCAUCGAUUGUUUCCUAAACUACCAUUUGAUGAUUGCAUUGAAAGUGUUGCAAAACUUGGGAAUAACAAAUCUGUGCAGGUCUAUAUGAAACGAUUUCGAAUGGGAAUGUUAGAUACUGAACAAGAAAUCGAGGAAACUUUGGAAAACACAGAUGCACAAUUUGACAACAUUACUGAAAGAGGAACAGAUGUGUUUAGUACUGUGAUGUCGCGACCUUCGCAGUCUCUGACUCAUAUAUCUGAAGAUCAACAGAGUAGAAUGGCUGAAAACAAAAGAAAAGCUGAAGAAAAACGGAAAUCAAGAUUGAUGCUUAAUACUUCCAAUUUAAAUGAUACUUGUUCAAAUGAGAGCUUUACCUCUAAAAUAUUGCCAGAGUUAAAUGCUACAGUGGAUACUGUGAUAUCUGAAACUACAGCUGAAACUAAUGAAAACAACUCUGAAAUUUUGGAUAUUGACAUGUUUCUUGAAAAUUUGCCUUAGCAGUUUGAUCCCACUUUCUCUUCUCAAUUGUACUUUGAAAUAAAAAUGUGAAGUUUGUGGAAAA